UUUCAAUUUCCAUAAUGAAUCAUUAUUCUUUUUAAAUGUAUAUCGUGUUACUAUGGGAAGUCCGGAACACAUCCAAACAUUGUUGAUACAUCAUCAAUGUCGACCUUUAAUAACCUUUGAUAACGGUUAUUCGACACAAAGACAGGAUGGAUAUAAUUUAAAUUGAUGAGACCAUCACAGUACCGGCCGGACGUGCUUACAGAUUGUACGCUUCUAUCGUUUUGAAUUCUACUCAUUGAUUCCAAUUAUAUAUCUUCUUUUUAUAUAUACAUAUAUAUAUUCUGAUUUAUAUUAAUAUAAUGUUACAUCUUUUUCUUUUAAUACUAUGUUGCAUUUCCAUUUUACAAGUAAUUUCAAAAGAAUUUCAAUGCGUGAAGCCACAAUGGUUCAAAUGCGAUAGCGGAGAAUGUAUAUCGUAUUCAUACGAAUGUGACGGUUCAUACGAUUGCAGUGAUCAUUCCGACGAAAAGAAUUGUACAAAUUUCAAAUUUCAACUAGCGCCGGUAAAUUGUACCGAGAACGAGUACACCUGUAAAGACAACACCUGUAUACCAAUCGAGAAAUUUUGCGACAUGUGGCUCGAUUGCAGCGACGACAGCGACGAAUACAUUGAUUGCUAUAAAGAAAAACAAUGUAAGCAUUUUCUAUGCAAAGACGGCUAUUGUAUAAGAAACGAAUGGGUUUGCGACGGGAUGAAAGAUUGUCCGGACGGUAGCGAUGAGAUUAAUUGUGGCGAUGUUAAUAUACUACCGGCCAACUGCACCAACGAGAUAGAUCAUUUUCUUUGUAAAAAUCAACGAUGCAUUUCAUUGAGUUUAACGUGCAAUGAAAAAGAUGAUUGCGGUGAUAAUUCAGAUGAAGAUACCAAUUCGUGCCCAUCAUAUAUAGACUUUUGUUUGAAAACUCAUGAAUGUGAACAAAAUUGUAGAGCAACGCCACUUGGUCCUUUUUGUUCUUGUUGGACAGGUUACAAAUUAAUAAAUGAUACUAUCUGUGAAGAUAUAAACGAAUGUGAAAUAUUUGGAAGUUGUUCUCAAUAUUGUAUGAAUAAUGCCGGUUCUUACACUUGUUCCUGCGAUCCGGGUUACGAUUUGCAAGGAGAUAAAAAAAGUUGCAAAGCCAAAGAUUUCGAAGCAUUAAUGGUCUUGGCCUCGAAAACGGAAAUUCGUGGAUAUUAUUUAGACUCAAAAAUAUAUUAUCCGAUACAUACAAAUUUGAAACAUGCUAUUGGAGUAGCUGUUGACGCUGAGUAUAUUUAUUGGACUGACAUUUAUCAUGGUGAAGAAGCUAUAUUUAGAAGCGAUCAGCUUGGAUUUAAUAAAACGGUAAUCGUUACCGCAGGCGUGAAAACACCAGAAGAUAUAGCAACCGAUUGGAUAACUGGAAAUAUAUACUUCACUGACAGCUCAUAUCAACACAUUGGAGUAUGCAAUGAAGAUGGAACAUAUUGUACAGUACUAAUACACAAACAUAUUGAUAAACCAAGAUCCAUAAUUGUUUCACCUAAAUUAGGUUUGAUGUAUUGGUCCAAUUGGGGUUUGAAUCCACACAUAGCAAUGGCAUCGAUGGAUGGACACAAUCAUGUUAAAUUUGUCAAAGAUGAUAUUGAUUGGCCAAGUGGUUUAGCAAUCGAUGAUCCAAAUGGUAGAUUAUAUUGGGUCGAUGCAAAACUACAUAAAAUUGAAUCGAUACGUUUGGAUGGUAGAGAUAGGAGAACAAUAUUGGCUGACAUGAUUGAAAAUCCAUUUUCUAUAGCGAUACAUGACAAUAUGUUAUAUUGGAGUGACAGAUCUUUAAAGAGCAUAAUGUCUUGUAAUAAAUUCACCGGAAAAAAUCGGGAAACUCUAAUUCGUUCGGAUAGUAUUACCUAUGGGAUUCACAUUUAUCAUUCCGUUCUCAAACCAAAAAUUUUAAAUCCAUGUAAAGAUAAUCCUUGCUCGCAAAUUUGUUUAUUAAAUUCAAACAGUAAUUAUACUUGUGCUUGUUCAUUGGAUUCACAACUUGCUGCUGAUAAUCAUGCUUGUAGAGUAAUUAACAAGAAAGAACAUCUCGUCUUAGCAAGCGAAGAUACGUUUAUAGAUUACUAUCAUGAACUACUGGGUAAACCAAAAAUGAGCAUAACCAAAACGAUAAAAUAUGUAACUGCUUUGGCAUAUGAUCGUAUAAAAGGUGAUAUUCUUAUCUAUGAUCAAUUAACGGAAACCAUUUAUCGUUACAACAUGAGUAAUGAUGUAUUUGAAAGUAUAAUUACUGUAAGAAACGAAAUAUUUGGUGGCAUGGAUUUUGACUUUGUUGGUAACAAUUUAUACUGGUCUGAUAUGGAACAGAAAACUAUCGAAGUUCAUAGUUUUGGAACAAAAGGGAAAACUGUCUUUUAUUAUCAAAAUGAACCACAAGAUAUCUCCUUGGAUUCUGAAGAAGGAACUAUAUAUGUAGUGUUUCAUUUUAAUAAUACAUACCGUAUACUUCAAUUACAAAUGAAUGGAUUGGGUCCGCACAUAACUUUGGUGGAUCAAGAAUUAAUUGGUAACAAAAUUUCUUUGUGUUACGAUAAUACAACUAACAGAUUGUUUUGGGCUGAUCAGGGUACUGGUAAUAUUGAGAGUAUUUCCAAACGAGGAAAACAUAGGAUUAUUUACCGAACUGGUUUAUCGGAACCAAUGAGCCUUGCGAUACUUGGGAAGAAUAUUUUUUGGACCGAACGAUUAUCUAACCAUUUAUUUUGGAGUCACAAAACGAAAGGUUUACAAUUUUUGAAGAAGAUACCUUUGGAAUUACCCACUAGACAUCAAACGAUACAUAUAAUAGCUAAACAUGCAGCUUAUUAUAGCAAUAACAAACAAGGUUGUCAUAACGAAAAUGGAGGUUGUUCUCACGUUUGUCUACCAACAAAUUCUAAUUCUUUCAUAUGCGCGUGUCCACCAGGAAUGACGUUAAAUAAUAAUGAAAAGACGUGUCAUGAAGUCAUUAAUUCGUCUUGCACAUUUGAUGAAUUCAGAUGUUCAGAACACAAUAUCUGCAUAAAAGCAAUACAAGUAUGUGACGGAAAAGUAGAUUGUCCUACUGGCGAAGAUGAAUCGAGGAAUUGCUUUCCUACCAAUUUAUGUAAUAAAAAUCAAUUUGUUUGUAGAAAUGGAGAGUGCGUAAGCCUUACAAGUCAUUGUAAUUCGCGCUACGAUUGCAAGGAUCGUUCGGAUGAAGAAAAUUGUACUAUAGUUACAUGUGGACCAGAUCUUUUCCAGUGUCAUGAGGGUUCGUGCAUAUCAAAAAAUCAAGUCUGCAAUGGAAAUUUUGAUUGUCCUGAUUAUUCCGACGAAUUAAAUUGCGGUUCGUAUGUUUGUUCUAAGACAGAAUUUAAAUGCACAAGGGGUCCAUGUAUUCCCUUUGGUUGGGUUUGCGAUGGUGAAUAUGAUUGCGAGGAUGAGUCAGACGAAGAAAAUUGUUUAGGUAAUUGCAAGGAAGAUUUAUUUCAAUGUUUAAAUCAAAAUUGCAUAGACCAAUCAUUGGUUUGCAACAAAAUCAAUGAUUGUGGUGAUUUCUCUGACGAGUCUGAAAAUUGUUUCUAUGACUUCGAAGAUCAUACGUUUACAAAUGAUGAUUACACGGAUUAUGAUUACGAAGAUAUUGAUGUAUAUGGAAGUUAUCAAAAAUAUCAAAAACCUAAAACCUGCACUAAAACUGAGUUCAAAUGCCAUAAAACUGAGAAAUGUAUUCCUAGAAGUAAAAUAUGUGACGGUAAACGAGAUUGUCUAUAUAACGACGAUGAAAAAAAUUGCCCAAAUUGUCAAGCUAAUGAAUACGCUUGUGAAAAUAACAAUUGUAUAGCGCAAGAGUGGGUAUGCGAUCAAGUUAAUGAUUGUGGUGAUAACUCGGAUGAAAAGUAUUGUGACGGAAAAAGUUUAACAAUAAUUAAUAAAGACUUAGAGAAGAAUUGUAAAGAGUAUCUUUGCAAUGAUGGCAAAUGUAUUCCCUUUUACAAGGUCUGCGAUAACCAUAAUGAUUGUUCGGAUGGCAGCGACGAGUUGAAGCAAUGCAUGCGAGCGUGUACGUUAAAUGAUCCCUGUCAACAAAAGUGUAAUAAGACACCGUUAGGUCCUGUUUGUACUUGCAAUCCUGGAUAUAAAUUAGCUUCCGAUGGAGUGAGUUGCGACGACAUAAACGAAUGCGAGCUAAAUGUAUGUUCUCAAAUUUGUCAUAAUACUCUCGGUGGAUUCAGAUGUUCUUGCGAAAGUGGAUAUGUCUUACAGAAGAACAAACUUUCUUGCAAAGCUUCUUCUGCCUCGCAAAUGCAAAUAAUAAUAGUUGCUGGAUACGAUGUAAGCAAAACUACGUUUAAUUUGAACGACCACGAGGUACUUCAUCAUGAUCCACAUUUUGAAAUUUAUGGUCUCGACUUUAAUGCCAGAGAAAAUGCUGUUUAUUUCAGCAAUGUUAUACUUGGAAUUAUAACAAAAAUCAAUAUCAAGACGAAAGAAAAAAUGAUAAUUAAAGAUAUUGGAAAACCUGGAGUAAUAGCAAACGAUUGGAUAACAAAUAAUAUCUACUUUUUCAAUGACAUCUAUCCAUACAAUAUUAAGGCAUGCAAUUUGGAAGAAGAAAAAUGUGCAGAGGUUCUAACGAUCAAUGGAAAUAGUACAGUGGAAUCGAUCAAAGUUGAUCCCACCAAAGGGUUGUUAUUCUGGAGUCAAACCGAAUGGUUGCUUCAAAUUGAACCAAAAAGUAAAAUAUAUAGAUCAAGUAUGAAUGGUACAAACGUUGAAGCGAUAGUUACUGAAAAUCUUGGGACUAUACAAAAACUAACAAUAGAUCAUAGAAGGUCACGAUUAUAUUGGUGCGACACGCAAUUUAAUAUUAUAGAAUCAGUCAAAUUCGAUGGUUCUGAUCGGCAUAUAUUUUUAAAAACAGAGGUAGAACCUCUGGAUGUUCACGUGCACGAUGAUUAUCUUUAUUGGUUACAUUCCAAUACAGGUAAUAUAAAAAAAUGUAAAUUGAAAAACAAGACCAUUUGUACGACCAUUCUUGCUUCUCGAAUAGUUGCCAAACAUUUUAUUAUUUUUCAUGAGAACAGCCAACCAUUAGUACCGAACAAAUGUCAAGAUCAUAGAUGUGCUUACAUGUGUCUUUUGAAUGAAUACAAUUCCACUUGUUUUUGUCAAUAUGGUCAAACAAUGAGCAAUGAUCUGUUGUGCAAGGAAAAUUCCAAAAUAUAUAGCUUGUCGAAAACGUUGGAUAAACAAAAUAUAACUAAUAAUCAAAAUAAAGGAAUGAUAGUUGGCCUAACCAUUUCUUUGGUCACAGCGAUUACCAUUUUAUCUAUUUAUUAUUAUUAUCAACAAUCAAGAAUAAGUCGUGGGAGGAAGAAUGAAAUGAGUAUUCAUUUUCAAAAUCCUAUCUACAAUGAAAAAAAUGAAAUUCAGAAAUCAUUUAACUAUAUGGAACCUUUACCACCUGGGGAACACGAAUAUAUGAAUCCAAUAAUUAAUAUGUCAAAUAAGUUAGAUAUUAAAAAAAUGAAGACAAAUAAAAUAAUCGAAAUUGAAGACAAUUCAGAAAGUGAAACGGAAAAUAUGCAAUACUCACAAAAUACCAAACUCUUACGUUAAAGUAAGAAUAUAAAUAACGAACAGAGUAUUAAUUGAAAAAGAUUUAAAUUAAUUAUUGUUAUUAUAUAAAACAUAGUCACAAUGGGUUGACUUAUGUAAUGUUACAAUGUUAAUAUUUAUCUGUUGUGUAAAUUUUUCACAGUACUGUUUUUAUUAUAUUAUUUAAAAAAUAAUUGUUCAUAAAUAAAAAGAGAAAUAUUUUU